AUGGGCAAGUCGAACCCGCGACGACGCAACAAAGUGUCCAGCAAGAGGCCUCCAAAGCACCCUCACGACGAUGAUUAUGCAGAGGUAGAAGAAGGCGUGGUGGAUAACCUCACACGAACAGCGGCGCAGCCGCACCACACAUCCAUACCACCCUGUCUCCGGCAACUGCAGGAGUCGCACGAGUACGCUGUGUUGGAGGAUGCAUGCAGCGAUGUCGCAUACUUUGCGCAGCAGCAGCAACUCAACAACGUCUUCUUGGGUGAAGCCGUGCCGCAACGUGUUGCGCAGCUCCUCUUCUUGUCCCCCUAUGAGCCACCGCAGCUCAACACGCACGCUGAUGCGACGCCGUCGGCUGCAGCGGCAGCGGAGGUGCCGCAGCCGCACAAGGGCAUCCUGUACAUGCAGAUCGCGGCAGCAGAGGCGCUGCGCAGUCUUGUCGCAAACAGUGAACAGGACGGCGCCAUUGAUGCCCUCACCAGCGCCGGCGUGGACGCAGCGACAGGGAAGAGCUUCGCAGAAGGGCUGGCCUGCCUCGUGCAGGCGGACUGGCAGCAUGUGCAGCAGGCUCGCCGGUGCAUGACGCCCGAGGACUGGAUGGACGUCUACCGAGAAGAAGGUGAAAAGGCUACUGGUGGUGAUGAGGCCGCCGACGAAGAUGAAGCGACACCCGCUGCCGCGACGAGCACGCGUCGCCGUCGCCAGGCCGGGAGCACGCGUAACUCGUACUUCGCCCUUCUGCGCCAUCUGGAGGAGGUGCUGGCGCUCGCAAGCGUGUGUGUGGAGGCGAGCGAGGCCUGCGCUGAGACCCUCUCCAGCACUGUGACACUCCUGCUACUGCUUGACGUGCUGCGCGUAGCGACCACGACAACGUGGGAGACGCUCCUGCACCCCUCCGCCCACUACUACGCCGAUGAGGCGCAGGCGCCUGUGGUCAGCGAGACGGUGCUUGCCAUGCGCGCCUACAAGCGGCGCGAGGCCUGCCUGCUAGCCUCGCUGGCGGUUAGCACCGCAGACGUGUUGCUCCUGCUCAGCCCCGAGAACCCGUCGCUAGCCCAGGUGUUCAUCGGAUCACGCGGGAACAGCGGCACGACGGUGUCCGCCUUCCCUUCCUCGUCUCCACCUGCAGCCGGCAGCAAUGCCGCCAUGACGGCAGAGCAGACGGCGUUCUUGAACACCGCGGUCGACGCUGUCGACCUGCGUGCCUGGCUCGCCGAGAAGCCGGCAGUCGAGGUGCAGCUGCAGGAGCGCUUCUCCGACGCCUCCCUACCCAGCUUUCUCGGUGCACAACACACGGUUGUGGCGAUGGAGCGAGAGCGCGUCUUGUACGAUCUUCUUCGCGCGACCCUCGCCAUCCAGGGCGUGCUUCUCCACAUCGCACCGGUGCCAGCGAACCUGCAGCGCGUACUGCCUCUGCUGAAUGAUGCCCUGCACAAAGUGUCAUUGCCGAUGCGCGUGUGGUGCGGUGUGCUGCCGCUUCUCAUGGGCACCGGUGCGGGCGCCGACGAAGACGUGCGGGCGGCGGCGACGACGUUGACCACCCACCGGCUGCGCAGCACUCGAUCAGCUGUCCGCCUGCUGCACGUGAUGGUGAACGCGGUGGGGGAGAAGAACGACACGGACCGGUACGAGGACGACGAAGCCGCGUUCGCCGCCAACCCGCUGGCCGCGCUGCUGCAGUCGGGAAGCCUCUUUUACGCAUUUGGGCUCCUGCUAAAGGAUGUGCUUUGGAUGUCGCCGAACAGGGACGCCAAUGGCAACGCAGCCGUCCUGGCGGACCCAACUCACCCGACGGCAACACGUGACGUCAUGGUUUGGCAGACCCAGCAGCGCGCUUUGCGCGCCGAGGCGAGCUCUAAUGCAGUGGCAACGGAGGUGCAGAUGGUGCUGCUCGCCACAGAAGUGAAUGUGUGGGAGGUGGCAAGCACGCUACUGCUGAUGCUUCCUGUCGCGAGCCUCGGCGAUCCCGCACUAACGUGGCGGGCACUCAUGCAGGCUGUGUUGAGCCGCUUUGAGCUCCACCUGGACGCCACAGCGUCGGAGGGGGUGGGGGACAGCGCACACGCGAACAUUCUGCAGCGCUCUGCCCGCAUGCAUGAGCUUCUCUGGAUGCAGCUGGAGUCGCUUGGGCAAAUGCAGUGGACAAUGCAACGCAAGCAGAGCAGCGCUGCUGGGACCGCGUGCAACCACGUCCAGGCGACAUCAGCGGACGUCGACCUCCUCAUCCGCAUCUCCUGGGAGACGUCGGCAAGCGCGCUGCUGAAGCAAGCGUGCGUUGGCACCGUUGGCCUACUGUGCGCGUCAAUGCAAAGCGCAGAGGCUGCGGCCACGGCGGCGCGGUUUGCCUUGGCAGUGCUCGCCAACGGUGGACCAGCUGCGACGACCCACGGGAAGAAUCUCCUCGACCUAUGCACGCAGCUCGUGCCAGGCAAGGUGCCCAGCAACCCUGCAGAACGGCGGGCGUGGCGGCAGCGGCUUGCGUUGGCGGACGCUGCCGCCACGGUUCGCUGCGAGGCGGCCAACACCCUGGUCGAUCUCUUCCUUGACGAGCGCCACGACGCCGCCGUGUAUUGGCCGCUCGGCGUCCAGGACAGACUCAGCGCCUUCAAGACACAGCUUGCCGGCUACGUGAAACGGCGUCAGCAGCUGGAUAGGGAGGCACAGCGACUCUACCGCAUCUCCACGGAGACGCCGGAGGCAGCGCAGUGGUCGGAGGUGCUGGAGAACCUCUACGGGUUUAUCGACUACAAGGCACAACACAAGUAA